AUGAACAAAGCCCUCCUUCUCAAGUGGAAAUGGAGGAUUCUUACGGAGGACAAAGCUAUUUGGAGUGAUGUCUUGUUGUUAAGAUAUCGCGAACCGAAAGUUAAAGUGUUGGCUUACGGUAGGAGGGCUACUAGUUCUAAAGACUCUUUUUGGUGGAGGGAUGUCUUAAACAAUGAUGUGAAGGAUGUCCCAAGUGAGGAGGGUUUCUCGGGAUGCAUUCAUUAUGUUGUCAAAAAAGGUGACUCAAUUUCGUUUUGGUUCGGCUCUUGGCUGGCAGCAGAAUCUCUUAGCUUUCUGUUCUCGGACAUUUUUGCAGCCUGUGUGAACAUUUUCAGCACGGUGGCUGAUGUUUUUUCGUGGGAUAACGACUCUGUUAUUUGGUUGUAUGACAGUAUUGUUGAUGAAGAGAAUCUGGCUCUGUUUUCAGCGGCUUCUUCCUCCUUUUCUGGGCAGUGGCAGCAACUCUGUUCCAUGCUGCAGUCGGCAACUUUUGAGAAGGAUGGCUUUGAUGAAUUCAAGUGGAAACUGAUCUCGGAUGGCCGCUUCACGGUGGCAAGUGUCUCUCUACUGAUUGCGAAUGGCAAAGAGGCUGCGUGGCAUCCAAUUACGCUGAAUUUAAUCAAGAACCAUUUAGAGACCUCCUCUCAUCUAUUUUUUCAGUGUGGUGUGGCGAAGUAUUUGUGGAAGCGGAUUUAUUUGUGGCUAGGGGAGGAUCUCCCUUUUUCGUUAGAAGAAUUUCUGAAGCUUGACAUUGUGGUGGAGAAGGUGAAAACGGUGAAUGCUAGGAAGAAUAUCAUUUCUAUUUGGAUCGCUUCGGUUUGGAGUUUGUGGAAUAUGAGGAACGCAAUGAUUUUUAAAAAAAUUGCGUAUAGUUUCGAAAGCGUGUUUUACAAUGUUAUCUUCCUUUCUUGGUGUUGGUUAGCUAGUUCUAAUCCAAUUAGGUACUGUAGUUUCUAUGAUUGGUAUACUGUUCCUUUGGAUUGCUUCAAAUCUAUUUAG